AUGAAAAUUUCGCAACGGAUGAUGCAAGUGCGCGUGGAUCGUCGCCAAGUCAAUCCCACAGCCUUUUCCGGAGUGACAGAUCAGAUUUCCAACAUCGGCUCAUCCGCUGGCAAAAAAGCUGCAAAUGCCACCUCUGGCUUGUCUCGCGGACAGACGUCGAUGGUGAUCGUACUGGUCAUUGUCGCGGUUGUCUUGGCGGUUGCGGCCGUGUUCUGGAUCUGCUCGUGCUCGAGACGCCGAAAGCGCGCCAGAGAGAUGCAAGGAAACUCGCAACGACUCGGCCAGAUUUCAUCAUCAACCACUAUUGCUGACGAAGCUGCCUUUGUACCGACAAGAAAUAGCGUCAUUCCUGGUGUUGGCCGUCAGGACCGCACUUCUCGCCAGCUGGGUGCAUACAAUGACGGCUGGGGUGAGAGCAGGGUUGCACUCAACUCGAGCUUUGUCGCUUCAUCCAACGAAAGAUAUGGUUGGAACCGCAGCCAACAUAAAUCCAGUCACCUUCCAAUGCCGCAGACACCUCAGCAGUCGUAUCGCUUCUAA